UUCAAAAAUAUCAACCCAGACAACCCACAUAUAACAAUUUUUCAAUCCUGCACCCGGCAUCCCAUACAUUAUGUCCAAACCCCCCGUGCCCGUCAGUGGCAAUCGAGGCGAUGCAAAGCCCGACAUCCGGCGCCAGUCCGCGUUAUACAAGGUGGUCAUGACUCCGAUCAUCUUCGUAUCCUUCAUUAUAUCUCUUGCCAUCGUCGAUCUGAAGUACUCUAUGCAUCGCUCUCACUAUCACGCCGAAAGACGGCCUAGCAGGCUGCCUCCAUGGCUUCAUCGCAUAGUUUACAAGUAUCGCCCAUAUCACUACACUGCCGUGGACGAGAACGGUAAACCAGUCGAGAAUAUGGACGGCUAUUAUCACAGCAAGCAGCGAAAACUCAUGGCCAUGGAAGCUGAUGACGCCUUUCAGAUGCGGCGUACUGUGGUUGCAAGUCUUGUGCUCGCGGGCAUGGUUGCGAUAUGGGGAGCUUGGUGGACGUUGAGAUGGGUGUUGGGAAAGGUCUGCUGGAUAUGAAGAGUUGCGUUGGGUUAGCCACCCACAUGGAGCAGAAGAACAAGCGCAUAUCAUAUCCCUGUGGGAGAGCCUCAUUCGGAUAUUGAGAUUUCUGGGGCAUCUCAUGUGCCAGCCUCUUGGACCUUCUCGUCGGCACUACAGAUAUAACAAUGAUACGAAAGCACAAAACUUGAUUACCACGAGGGAAACCAAAAAGACAUCAAUUUCAACCAACAAUCACUUCUGUUCCGGUGUCUGCCCGCUUCCCCUCCGGGGAGCACUACCACAUCCCUCCGCCGAGCAUACUUCACCCCUCUCAAAAUCUGUUUCCUUCCAUCAUCCUCCCCCACAUACUCCUCGCUCUUCUCCUCC